CACCAGGCAGCGGUCUCCAGCCAAGCCCCCUGCCAGCAUGGCCAGCGAGUUCAAGAAGAAGCUCUUUUGGAGGGCGGUGGUGGCCGAGUUCCUGGCCAUGACCCUCUUCAUCUUCAUCAGCAUCGGUUCCGCCCUGGGCUUCCAGUACCCGAUAAAGAGCAACCAGACGACAGGUGCCGUCCAGGAUAAUGUGAAGGUGUCACUGGCCUUUGGGCUGAGCAUUGCCACGCUGGCCCAGAGCGUGGGCCACAUCAGCGGCGCCCACCUCAACCCGGCUGUCACGCUGGGGAUCCUGCUUAGCUGCCAGAUGAGCGUCCUCCGGGCUGUCAUGUAUAUCAUGGCCCAGUGCGUGGGGGCCAUCGUCGCCACUGCCAUCCUCUCGGGCAUUACCUCCUCCCUGCCCAACAACUCGCUUGGCCUCAAUGCGCUGGCCCCUGGUGUGAACUCGGGCCAGGGGCUGGGCAUCGAGAUCAUAGGAACCCUGCAGCUGGUGCUAUGCGUGCUGGCCACCACGGACCGGAGGCGCCGGGACCUCGGGGGCUCGGCCCCGCUCGCCAUCGGCCUCUCUGUGGCCCUGGGGCACCUGCUGGCCAUCGACUACACAGGCUGCAGUAUUAACCCCGCCCGGUCCUUCGGCUCCGCGGUGAUCACACACAACUUCCAGGACCACUGGAUUUUCUGGGUGGGGCCGUUCAUCGGAGGAGCCCUGGCCGUGCUCAUCUACGACUUCAUCCUGGCCCCGCGGAGCAGCGACCUCACAGACCGCGUGAAGGUGUGGACCAGCGGUCAGGUGGAGGAGUACGACUUGGAUGCCGACGACAUCCAUUCCAGGGUGGAGAUGAAGCCCAAAUAAGGGGGCCUGGC